AUGGCCGAUGUGGUAAUUUCUUUUGCAGUAGAAAUCAUUAUACCAACACUACGUGAAAAGCUGAGAGAGGUCGGAGGAGUUGAGACCGACGUGGAGAACAUCAGAGAUGAGUUGGAUCGAAUGACGGCAUUUCUCAAAGAUGCCGAUAGUGCAAUGGAUAACUGUGACACGGGGAUGAUAAAUUGGGUCAACCAAGUUCGCGAUGUUGCACAUGACAUUGAAGAUGUUCUCGACAAAAUUGUACUCGGCUUGAAGAAGAAUCAUCAGGGCAAUUCAGUUCUAGGAUUGUUUCUGAAAUACAAAGCAUUAAUACGCGUGUCAUCAGUAUUGCAGAAGGGCGACGGAGAUAUUUUGACACUGCAGGAAGUUCAAAUUCAAAAUCAAAUGUUGACACCAGCUUUGACCUUGCAUAUGAUAUUAGAGGUGAUGCCCUUUUGGAAGAAGAAGUUAAUCUUGUGGGAAUUGAGGGCCCCAAAAGCGAGUUGA